AUGGGCGCGGCGGCCGUGCGCUGGCACUUGUGCAUGCUGCUCGCCCUGGGCGCGCGCGGGCGGCUGGCGGCGGGCAGCGGGCUCCCAGGAGCAGUCGACGUGGAUGAGUGCUCGGAGGGCACGGAUGACUGCCACAUCGAUGCCAUCUGCCAGAACACGCCCAAGUCCUACAAAUGCCUCUGCAAGCCAGGCUACAAGGGGGAAGGCAGGCAGUGCGAAGACAUCGACGAGUGUGAGAAUGACUACUACAACGGGGGCUGUGUCCAUGAGUGCAUCAAUAUCCCGGGGAACUACAGGUGUACCUGCUUUGAUGGCUUCAUGCUGGCACACGAUGGACACAACUGCCUCGACGUGGACGAGUGUCAGGACAACAACGGUGGCUGCCAGCAGAUCUGUGUCAAUGCCAUGGGCAGCUACGAGUGUCAGUGCCACAGUGGCUUUUUCCUCAGUGACAACCAGCACACCUGCAUCCACCGCUCCAACGAGGGUAUGAACUGCAUGAACAAAGACCAUGGCUGUGCCCACAUCUGCCGGGAGACGCCCAAAGGUGGGGUGGCCUGUGACUGCAGGCCCGGCUUUGACCUUGCCCAAAACCAGAAGGACUGCACACUAACCUGUAACUAUGGAAACGGAGGCUGCCAGCACAGCUGUGAGGACACGGACACGGGCCCCACGUGUGGCUGCCACCAGAAGUACGCCCUCCACUCGGACGGUCGGACCUGCAUUGAGAAGGAUGAGGCUGCAAUUGAGCGCUCUCAGUUCAAUGCCACGUCAGUAGCUGAUGUGGACAAGCGGGUGAAACGGCGGCUACUCAUGGAGACGUGUGCAGUAAAUAACGGAGGCUGUGACCGGACGUGCAAGGACACGGCCACCGGCGUUCGAUGCAGCUGCCCGGUUGGAUUCACGCUGCAGCCCGAUGGGAAGACAUGCAAAGACAUCAACGAGUGCAUGGUCAACAACGGAGGCUGCGACCACUUUUGUCGCAACACCGUGGGCAGCUUCGAGUGUGGCUGCCGGAAGGGCUACAAGCUGCUGACCGACGAGCGGACGUGCCAAGACAUCGACGAGUGCUCCUUCGAACGGACCUGCGACCACGUCUGCAUCAACUCCCCGGGCAGCUUCCAGUGCCUGUGUCACCGCGGCUACAUACUCUAUGGGACAACCCACUGCGGAGAUGUGGACGAGUGCAGCAUGAACAACGGGAGCUGCGAGCAGGGCUGUGUCAACACCAAGGGCAGCUACGAGUGCGUCUGCCCGCCAGGGAGGCGGCUCCACUGGAACCAGAAGGACUGUGUGGAGAUGGGCAAGUGCGUUUCUCGGGCCAAGGCCUACCCCCGGGCCCAGCUGUCCUGCAGCAAGGUGGGCGGUGUGGAGAGCUGCUUCCUUUCCUGCCCGGCCCACACACUCUUCAUGCCAGACUCGGAAAACAGCUACAGUCUGAGCUGCGGUGUCCCAAGUCUCCAGGGCAAGACGCUACAGAAACGCAACAGCACCAGCUCCAGCACUGGGCCCAGCUGCUCAGGUGCCCCCGACACCUCCAUCAGGCAGAAGGCCCGCUUCAAGAUCCGAGAUGCCAAGUGCCUCCUCCAGCCCCGCACCCGGGAGCCAGCAAAGGAGGCCCUGAGGCAGCUGCUGCUGGAAAACUGCCACGUGACCUUUGUGACCCUCAAGUGUGACUCCUCCAAGAAGAGGCGCCGUGGCCGAAAGUCCCCAUCCAAGGAGGUGACCCACAUCACAGCAGAGUUCGAGGUUGAGACAAAGAUGGAAGAGGCCUCAGAGACCUGCGCAGCGGACUGCCUGCGGAAGCGAGCAGAGCAGAGCUUGCAGGCUGCCAUCAAGACUCUGCGGAAGUCCAUCAGCCGGCAGCAGUUCUCCGUCCAGGUUGCAGGCACUGAGUACGAAGUGGCCCAGCGGCCGAACAAGGCCCUGGAGGGCCAGGGGGCGUGCAUCACAGGCCAGGUGCUACAGGACGGCAAAUGUGUGGCCUGCGGGCCUGGCACCUACUUCAGCGGAGAGCCCGGCCAGUGUGUGCCGUGCACACCAGGGACCUACCAGGACGGAGACGGCCAGCUCAGCUGCACACCGUGCCCCAGCAGCGAUGGACUCAGCCUGGCUGGUGCCCGCAACGUAUCCGAGUGUGGAGGCCAGUGCUCUGCGGGCUUCUUCUCUGCUGACGGCUUCAGGCCCUGCCAGGCCUGCCCUGUGGGCACGUACCAGCCCGAGCCCGGGCGCACCGGCUGCUUCCUCUGCGGAGGGGGGCUGCUCACCAAGCACGAGGGCACCGCCUCCUUCGAAGACUGUGAGGCCAAAGUGCACUGCUCCCCAGGCCACCACUACAACACCACCACCCACCGCUGCAUCCGCUGCCCCGUCGGCACCUACCAGCCCGAGUUCGGCCAGAACCACUGUAUCACCUGUCCAGGCAACACCAGCACCGACUUCGAUGGCUCCACCAACGUCACGCACUGCAAAAACCAGCACUGCGGUGGCGAGCUUGGCGACUAUACGGGCUACAUCGAGUCCCCCAACUACCCUGGUGACUACCCGGCCAAUGCCGAGUGCGUGUGGCACAUCUCGCCGCCCCCCAAGCGCAGGAUCCUCAUCGUGGUCCCCGAGAUCUUCCUGCCCAUUGAGGAUGAGUGUGGCGAUGUCCUGGUCAUGAGGAAGAGCGCCUCGCCCACCUCUAUCACCACCUAUGAGACCUGCCAGACCUACGAGAGGCCCAUCGCCUUCACCUCCCGCUCGCGGAAGCUCUGGAUCCAGUUCAAAUCCAACGAAGGCAACAGCGGCAAAGGCUUCCAAGUGCCCUAUGUCACCUAUGACGAGGACUACCAGCAAUUAAUAGAAGAUAUCGUGCGCGACGGACGGCUCUACGCCUCGGAGAAUCACCAGGAAAUUUUGAAAGACAAGAAGUUGAUCAAGGCCCUCUUUGACGUGUUGGCGCACCCCCAGAACUACUUCAAGUACACAGCCCAGGAGUCCAAGGAGAUGUUCCCGCGCUCCUUCAUCAAGCUGCUGCGUUCCAAAGUGUCCCGAUUCCUGCGGCCCUACAAAUAACCCUGGGGCGCUGCCCUGCUGGGGCGCCGGGGGCCCGAGGGGGCGAGUGCCUUCCCUCCACAGGAGAAGCUGAAAGGCGGCUCCACGGGCCUCCACGUCGCCUUGGGAAAUCACCACGGCAUCUGCCCAUCAGGAACCCCUGACCGCCCGUGGAGGGAGAGACCUGCCGGGGCAGAGACCCCAGCUGGGCCGCACACCUCCCAUAUCCGCCCCCUGGGAAAACACUGCUUAAGGCAGCCUUUCUGCCUCCCGCUCCCUGUGCCUCUUCAUUUCCAGGACAGCAGGUGCCCUGUCCUGGGCCAGCACUUGCCAUGCCGCCUGGGCCAGGACGCUCUGUGUCACCCGAGGGCGGGUCCCUGGCAGAGCGGCAUUGGGAGACUGCAUGUACCCUCUGCCCAACGCUUCAGGAGAGAGAGGAGUGUGGCUGCCACGUCACUGUCUCCAGGGAGGUUCUCGGAGGCAGAAUCCGAGACAGGAAGCCAGGCCAAGGAACGAGGGGUGUGAAGGAUUGUCUGGUGGGCUUGAUAAGCCGGUGUCAAUGGCUGCGGGGUGUCCACACCCACCAAUGCCUCUGGCCCUGGGCCCAGGACGCGGGCACUGUGUGGUUGGGCUCUAAGGAUUCUGUGAUGGGACAGAAGAGAAGAGAGCUGCUAGGGGAGGAACCUGUAGAUUCAUGCUUUCCCUUGAUAGAGCAUCUAAUUAAGUACUAUAUAUAUAUAUAAAGAUAAAGAUAAAUAUAUAUAUACUUCUAUUUGUGGGUACUGUAGGGAAAUUCUCUUUAGUAACUGUAAAUAUUCAUCACAACCUCACCUCUUCUCCCACGAGCUGGUGCGAGCCCUGCUGUUGCCGCCUCCCUGACUGAUUAAACUGCUCUCCAGACACUUGCCACCUCUGUUUACAUGAGGCUGGCAGCCCACAGGCCUGGGGAGAAGGCAGGCUGGCCCUGGACACAGUUUGGAAUAUAAAAUCUCUGGGAAGUGGGCUCCGAUGCUUUGCUGGAGUGUUGCCCUCGGAUGGACUUGGUGGAAGGCAGUUUCCCCUUGGACCCCUUCCUGGGGGUGUGGGGGCCCAGCGGUAAAUCUCGGAAGGUGCCUAUGUCUGACCCUGAGGCCGUGACCUUGGAAUCCAUGCUGUGCCCGCAUGCUACCGGGAGGCUAGGCCUGUCCCACGUGAGCACAGAUGUGUGACCACAAGGGGCCUCAGAGAGCAUCAGCCACUCAUUUAAUUUACCAGGGAGGAAACGGCCCAGGUGGGCCCCCAGGCAGAGGCGACUGGUUGUCGGGAGGCCUGGCUCCCAGUGCACUCUUCCUCCUGCUGCGCAGUGCUGCCUCCCUCUCAGAGUCUCUCUUUAAAAAAGAAAAGUCUGGAGUUUGACCAGGUUGCGUGGCGUCCCACUCAGCCAGGAAGCUAGCACCUGGGCUAGAGCUGGCGAAGACCUCCAACGUGCAGAGGGCUUGCCUGCCGCCAGACCGCUGGCCGCCACUGCAGGACAUGCAGAGGAAGUGGUCUGUGUUUUUAGGGUCAACAAAUAUUCAACACUCCAAGGAACAUGGGAGAAUCUUCAAAUGCACUCCAUUCCCCCAUUCCAGGUGGCUGCCUCCAAGCAGUUUCCUCUCCUCACUCCAAGCCCAGGCUGACCAGUUAGAGACGAGCACAGUUUGAGAACCGUCUGUGGCACAUUGAGGAUGGUGAAGAUUGAGGACAGAUGAGAUGCAGGGCUUGGUGACAAGGCAGGUCAUAACAAAUUUUACAAUCCAAAAAAGGGCUUGGAACUCAGGAAUUAUUCACAGCCAUUACCCGUGUCAGCACUAGGAGGUCCCCAUAUUGGCUAAUGCUGCCAUCAACCUUCUCCACCGAAAGCCAACUCACUGGGAGGGGGCUGCACUUGGUGGGUGGGUCGGUGUCAGCUGAUGAGCCCUGUUGGGGCCACACUAUCCUCCCCUGGUCACAGUCCUUGAAGGCGAGCUUAGUUUCCAGAAGGGGGCCUGUCUUCCCUUGUCAAGCCAUUGGUCGUCCCCAGGAAUUAGAUGAGCGUCCUCCAGGAUGAGCCCCAGCAACAGCUACCCAGGGGAGGGUACUGGGAGGGCUUUCUAAUCUUCUCAACAAACCCCGCAGAGGACCAGAAAGAGCUCUCACCUCUCCUGAACUCUUCUGGCUGCUCCUUUGGGUAGUUUCUGGCAGUUGCCACUCACAUGCACAUUAAUCCGCCCUUUCGGUGGGAGUCAACCCACCUUCCAUGGCUGUCACCACCGCUGUGGUCAGACCCUGCCCAGUGUCCCCCACGCAGAGCAGGACAGGGGCAGACUCAGAUGUGGGGCCCCUCACUGUUCAAGAGUACCAGGUAGCCAGCAACCCAAAUUCACCAGCUGCCCACACAGUCACCAUCCAGCCCUUGCUCCCCAGUAAAACCACCUCCCGCACCAUCAGGGGGACUCCAGGAGUGCGGUCUGUCCCCAAUUUCCAUGUCAGCCCUCAGCCCCACAGUGGGGAGCUUGGAGGUCCCACCUGUUAAUCCCAGAGCUGCUCCUGUUCCUCGGGGCCUGGUGGGCCCGGGAGAUCUCGCUGGCAACAAAGCACGUUUCUCCACGUUUCCAUGUUGUGGAAACCAAUGGUAGAUUGGCUGACACGAGGUGGCCUCUCCGCCUGGUCCGAGGUGGAGGCAGAGAGAAAAGGGAAGGCCGACAAGGACUGGGCCCAGAUAGGGCGGAUCCCCGAGGCAAGUCCCGCAGAGGAUGGAAGCCGAGGGCGGGGGUGCGGGAGUCCUGUGCUGACGGGGAGGGCCUGAGCCAGAGGAGCACAUCACACGCCUGGACCGGACGUUGGCUGUGAGCAGCCACAGACCCACCUUGGCCUUGGCCUGCAUGGACCCUCAGUGGUUGGCCAGUUGAUAAGGAAAGGAGCUAAGGAACAAGCUUCUGGAAGCAGAAGCCUGCCCCGUUGGCCAGGACUGAAAGCAGGUGCGAAGGCCUGGAGGGUCUGAUGAGCUCGGUUCUGCUCCUAGUGGACCAUGGCCUGGGCAACUGGAGAAGCUCUGAAGAUGGCGAUGGAGGACCACAGUGUCUCCGCACUGAUCCCCGGGGUACCAGGAGUAGCAGACCUGGAAGAAGCCCCUCUACCCCGCAUCCCUGGCAUCUCCUGACACUCUCUGCUUCCGUGGAAACAUGCCAAGGAAAGGGAAAGACUCUGCCUCGAGGUUUAGUGGCCAACCAAGCCUUCAGUGAGUGAGUGUUGAGGUGGCCUCAUCUACUUCCCCGAAUUAGGCUUGUUUUCCCCCAUUUCCUCCCUUGUCUGAGCCAGAGCCUUGCAGCUGUAGCCUUGUACUGUCCUCUCUCGUCCCCCAGGGUCUCCAUCUCAUCUCUCCAGCAGCAGCAUCAGCCUCUGCACCCUACCCCAGGAGCUCGCAUCUGCCAGUGGUAGUGACCUCCUUCUUCCCAGAUCUGGCUCCCCAGGGGCCAGUCUUUCCCAGCUCCCGCCACCUCUGUGGUCACAGACUCGAGGAGGCCGUGGGGCCCAAGGUGGCGGCCUCAGGCAGCUUUCUCUCCUGCCAUCCAUUGGUUUGGGACAUGUUUGGGAGACACAGAUAAAGUAGAACUGAAACCUGGGACAAAAAGUGCCCAGACAGCAAUGGCCCGAGAGGCCAUCUUCGAAAUCCUGAAGAAAGAGCCUCUCCCCCCCGCCCCCACAAACCCCUUUCCUGCUUGAACCCUCGUUCUCCCAGAAACAUGGCCAAGAUCACCCAUUUUCUACCACAAGAGGCCCCUGGCCUGCCGGAGCUGUAGUGGGUGCCUACAUGGCAUCCCGGGGGCUGAAUGAUUAUUCCAGCACCUCCACCACUGCCAGUGCCAGCGGAAAAGUAAGAUACUGAACUAAGUUAGGUCAUUUAGCAAACAUCUGCUGAGCACCUACUGUGUGCUAGACUCCUAGAAAGGCAGAGAAACCACAGCCAGGGGGCUGAUGGGAUCCCCUGGAAAGCCCCUCUGGUCACGGAAAGAAAGAUGGUUGAGGCUAACCCCGGGGUGAGCAGAGCCCAGCACUCUCCUCAGGAGAAGGCCGUCCCUCCCUCCAGCGCCUCCCAGGACCCCAGGUGCAGAGCAGAGCUGGUCUACAUUUCAGGGAUGUCCAGAAGGAGAAGCUACAGCCAGCCCAGCGUCGUGACGUGGCUGCCCUUCUCCACCAGCAGAGAGAAAUGCACACAGGCCAAGACUGCGGAUUCUACACGCCCAGGACGGCCGUCUCCGCCCCACGCAUCACCCACUGCCCACGCCUGGCACAGUCGGUGCUCCAGACGGGAGGUACCUUCCUUGUCGCCCUGGGACCCCAGCUGUUUUUACCUCCUCUACUCCACGCUUGGAAGUUUAGUCAGCCUGGUAAACUGCAUCUUAUAU